AGUUUUCAGCGAAGAAGUUCAGAUGUAAACACUGGAACUGUCACAGACCGCGUGUGGAUCGUGAGAGGGGCUAAAUUGGCGUAAUUAUGUAAAUUAAAUCCAAUUAUGAAACUUAAUACCGCACCUAAGACAUCUCCUUGUCCAAAAUGUCUGCGUUAGUGAGGAUUUGCACUUAUCUCCUGCACAGACGGAGCUGUUGUGUUUGUUCGAUCUACAGGACUCUCCACUCAUCACCUCCUGUCACUAGCGUCCUAAAGAAGACAAAUAUAAGUUUAAUAGGGCGUUUAAAUGUGCAAACUAGUCCUUUUGGACAGUCCGCGCCCGCUCUGAAGAACAAUAAUGGAGGCAGCUUCGGGAGGGAGGAAGAGGAUGAAGGGGAAGAUCUCCUCCCGGACAGUGAGGUGGAGGAGCUGUUCCAGACGCAGGGGUCGCUGGGUUUAGGGGACAGUCACCAUCAGGUAUUUAUUGUCCACCCCGAUGUGAAGUGGGGCAGCAGAAAACAGCAUCUGACCACAGCUGAACUGAUGGUGGCAGAGGCAGAGGGACUUGUGAGCACUUUAGAGAAUUGGCGGACUGUGGAUAAGAUCAUUCUCUCAACCAAAACCCCAGAGAAGAAGAGAAUAUUUGGAAAAGGGAACUUCCAGGUUGUCACAGAGAAAAUCAGACAAACUCCAGGAAUCACUGCUGUUUUUGUUAAUGUUGAGCGCCUCUCUCCUGUUUCUGAAAGGGAUCUGGAGGAGGCCUGGGGAGUGAAAGUGUUUGACAGAUACUCGAUUGUCCUGCAUAUCUUCCGCUGCAAUGCCAAAACAAAAGAAGCAAAGCUACAGAUCUCAUUGGCAGAAAUCCCACUGUUAAGAUCUCGACUCAAGAAUGAAAUUGCAAACUUGGAUCAGCAAGGAGGAGGGUCAAGGUACAUUGGUGGUUCAGGUGAGACUUUGUAUGAGGUCCAGCACAGACUCUUGAAGGAGCGAGAGCUGAAGAUCCGGUUGGCUCUGGAUAAACUGCGGAGGAAGAGGCACCUGCUACGCUCCCAGAGAAAACACAAAGAAUUCCCUGUUGUUUCUGUUUUAGGGUACACAAACUGUGGAAAAACCACCCUAAUCAAAGCUUUGACUGGUGACACUGGUCUUCAGCCCAGAAACCAGCUGUUUGCAACUCUGGAUGUCACAGUUCAUGCGGGACAGUUACCGAGCCGCGUGACCGUCCUGUAUGUGGACACUAUUGGUUUCCUGUCCCAACUGCCCCAUCAGCUCAUAGACUCCUUCUCUGCCACACUUGAAGAUAUAAAGCACUCUGAUCUUCUCAUUCACGUCAGAGAUAUCAGCCACCCAGAGACUGUAAACCAGAAGGCUAAUGUGCUGAGCGUGUUAAAAAACCUUCAAAUCCCACACACUUUGAUGAACUCCAUGGUUGAGGUCCACAAUAAGAUCGACCUCAUUGAGAACUAUGAGGCCACUGAGCCUAAGGUUUUGGCAGUAUCUGCCUUAAAGGAACAAGGACUGACCCAGUUAAAAAAAGUUGUGGAAGAGGAGAUUUUAAACACAACUGGAAAACAUAUUUUAAGUCUGAAAGUGGACCUCAGCACUCCACAGCUUAGCUGGUUGUAUAAGGAAGCCACAGUUCAGGACGUGGAGGUGAUCGCAGAUGAAGGCUCAGCUGUUGUCAAAGUCAUCAUAUCUAAUGCUGCUUAUGGACGCUACAAGAAACUGUUCACAGAUGGCAGAUAGAUAAAGAAACAAAUUACAAAUCCUGUCUGAUCUACUGUAUUUCUACAUAAGGUAUUGCUCAAAUGUUAAUGCUUGAAAAAAUAUGCUCAGUCUUCCAGUCAAGAAUAUUAUUAUUACAUUACAUAUUUCCCAUCCAAUUAUGUAACAGAUGCCUCGAUG